AGCUUUAUCACUUGCUUGUUUACUUUGCGCUUUUGCUUCAAGAUGGCGACCGUUCUGAGGCCUAGUUUCUCACCCUCUUCAAAUACCCAAGAAUCUCCACAUAUCCAAGAACUCAUCGCAAAAUUAGAGCUAGUACCCCACAUUGAAGGAGGCUUCUUCAAGGAAACAGACCGAGCUCCAGACACGGUUCCUUCUCCUUUCCCAUUUGAGGAGUCUUCCACCUCGGAACUUGCUCCAAAACUGCCCGGCUUUAAUCCUCAGGUCCGGAAUUCAUCAACAACGAUAUUUUAUCUGCUCACACCAAACGGACUGCAAGGCGGUUUCCACCGAAAUAAAGCGCGGAUUAUUCAUACCCUGCAUCAAGGGCGGGGCCGCUAUGUUUUGAUUCACGCCGAUGAAGGUGGCGAGCAGAAACGCGUAGAGACGUUUGUUGUUGGCCAUGACGUUGCAAAGGGCGAGAAGCUUCAGUGGAUAGUUGAAGGAGGAAAAUACAAAGCAUCUUUCUUGUUGCCUGAUGAAGAAGGUGGAAAGGAGAGUCAGGGACUCUUAAUCAGCGAAACCGUUGUUCCUGGAUUUGAGUUUUGUGAUCAUGACUUCCUAUCCCCUGCAGGACUCAAGGGGCUCUUGGGUGAGGAGCAGGCAAAAGAUUUGAGUUGGCUGCUGAGCCCAUUGGGCAAGGAAUAAUGGCUAGAGGGAUGCAGUCUUGGGUACGGAGAAGCAGUAGACCUUGGAGAAGAUUUGGAGCCUCUUUCUACCAUGUAAAGGAAGCUUCUCCGCCUUUAUUAUUUCUCCUUUGGUGCUCUUUUUCGAGCCCAGAGAUUGGGUGACACUCUGUUCAUGUCACACCGAAGCGUGACUAGAUGGAGGUCGAGGCACAUCUCUCGAACUAUUGGACCCUUACUUCUAUCUUUCG